AUAUCUCUUCCUCGUUUCAUUUUUUCUCUACAUUUUUCUUUGUUAAGCAAUCGAGAGAUGGUUACUGCUGUGGCGGCUACGACCUCCAUAAUAUCCGGCGUUAAGCAUUCAGGGAUUUUAACUUCGUUCAACGCCGUAGAUGAUGUGACCAGCAGUUGCCGAAGAACCAACCUGACCGGAGCUAGAAUAUAUUCGGCAUUGAGUCGCCGACGAUUCUCGUCGAUCAGAGCUGUGUCCCCAAUUCGUGGGGAUGCCCAAUCUUUCUUUAGUCGCAGCUCUUUCGCUUGCUCUCAGAAUCCUGGUGGUUUCAGUGCACCUGAAGCUCUGCCAACUGCUUGUGAAAAUGCUAGCCCUUCUUCCAUUAAAUCUUUCAACCAGUUGAUUGAAACUUUGAUUGAUCGGGUUGAUCUAUCUGAAUCUGAGGCUGAAUCAUCUCUUGAGUUUUUGCUGAACGAGGCAAACGAGGUCCUGAUUAGUGCCUUUCUAGUUCUCCUGAGAGCUAAAGGAGAGACAUACGAAGAAGUUGUGGGGUUGGCUAGGGCAAUGAUGAAGCAUGCCAGGAAAGUGGAAGGAUUAGUUGAUGCUGUAGACAUAGUUGGAACAGGUGGUGAUGGAGCAAACACAGUCAAUAUAUCAACUGGAUCUUCAAUACUUGCUGCAGCUUGUGGUGCAAAAGUAGCAAAGCAAGGGAACCGUUCAAGUUCUUCUGCAUGUGGAAGUGCGGAUGUACUAGAGACACUAGGAGUGGAGCUGGACUUGGGACCAGAGGGCAUUAAAAGAUGUGUUGAAGAAUCGGGGAUCGGUUUUAUGAUGUCACCUAUGUAUCAUCCAGCUAUGAAGAUUGUUGGUCCUGUCCGGAAAAAGCUUAAAAUAAAAACUGUUUUUAACAUAUUGGGACCUAUGCUUAACCCUGCUAGAGUGUCUUAUGCUGUCGUUGGUGUAUACCACAAAAAUUUGGUUGUUAAGAUGGCAAAGGCGCUGCAACGAUUUGGAAUGAAAAGAGCACUGGUGGUUCACUCAUACGGUCUAGACGAAAUGAGUCCGUUAGGAGGAGGGUUAGUUUAUGAUGUAACCCCGGAAAAGAUCGAAGAAUUCUCAUUCGAUCCAUUGGAGUUUGGUAUUCCUCGUUGUACACUUGAGGAUUUGCGAGGUGGAGGUCCAGACUAUAACGCGGAUGUGUUAAGACGUGUGCUUUCAGGGGAAUGUGGAGCAAUUGCCGAUUCAUUGAUCCUAAACGCAGCUGCAGCUCUUCUCGUUAGCAACCGAGUUCAAACACUAGCUGAAGGAGUAACCUUGGCACGUGAAGUACAAUUGUCUGGGAAGGCUAUCAAGACGCUUGAUUCAUGGAUAAACAUCUCGAACUUGGCUAAAAAGUCUCAGUGACCGGAGAGGCUUAUGCAAUGUGUUCCAGUAUUGUAUUAUUUGUAUCCAACGGAUCACCUUUGCACUUGCAGAUGAAGAUCAAGGCAAUGUGCCAAAGGAAGAGAUGCUGGAAUCAUUCGUAUAUUUAGUUUUCUUUGUCAUGCAAUAAAGAGAAGAGACCAGAGAGAGAUAGAUACGCAUUCUUCAUGUAAACAUUACAACAAUAAUCUUCAAUAAAAUGUAUGAAUCUGUUUAGUCAAA